GCCUCCCGUCAUGGACUCCCUGGCUUUUAUCAUGAACCCCCCCAACGCAGACCCAGACAAAGGCAGGCCCGCGGAAGAAGAUCCCGCACCGGAUGUCGGACCUGUCGGUAUGUGCCUGGUUCUUUUGCUGGCCUGCCCCCAGACUCCCUCCCCGGUCGGCUAACCAUCCUUCCUGCGUAGCGUCCGCCAUAUCAAGUGCGACGAAACCCCCGAUGCCUGUCGGAAUUGCACCUCCACCGGUCGCGCCUGUGAUGGCUACGACCAGUACCGUCUCCCCUCGGGCAGCCAGCCCGUCGCCCGCGUCGUCUCUGCCUCCCACUUCCCCUCCGCCAUGGUCCACGGCACCCGCUGGGUCAUGACCUCCGACGAGCGUCGAUGCUUCUCCUACUUCGAGAUUUCCAUGGUUCCUACCCUCGUCGGCCCCUUCAACUCCUCACUGUGGCAGAAGCUGGUCCUGCAGAUGAGCUACGCCGAACCCGCCGUCCACCAUGCCGUCAUCGGUCUGAGUGCCGUCCAGCAGGGCGUUGAGACUCGCAAGCUGCCGCUCUUCGCCAUGGCCCGCAAGUGCGACUGGACUCGCUUUGCCUUGGAGCAGCUGGGCCGCUCCUUCGCCUUGCUCCGAAGCCGCAGCACCUCCCAGGACCCGCAGCUGCCCUCCAUCACGCUGGUGUGCUGUCUGCUGUUCAUCACAUUCGAGCUGCUCCAGGGGCAGUACGACACGGCCUUCAUGCAUCUGAAGAGUGGCCUCGACAUCAUCAACCGACUGAAGGCCCAUCGACAGCUAGUCCCGCGGGACUGCCGCCAGUCCAUAGUCGAGCAGAGCCUGGUGGCCUCCUUCGCACACAUGGACAACCAGGUCGCGUACUUCCAGCGAAAGGAGCCGACGCUACACCUCGACGACGACCUCGAGGAUUACCUUCCUCUCGAGGAUCCGAAGAUGGUGUUUUGCAGCCUUGGGGACAUCCGACGGACCUUCGAGCCGUUACUCAAUGCCGGCACACGGUUCAUGAUCCAGUCUGGCAUGAACACCGAUCCCCAUCACACAAACAACCUGCUACAAAAGAAGCAACGAUUACUGUCCCAACUUCAUCGCUUCUCCCGCCUGUUUGAGUUGUUCCGGAGGGAGUCCUACCAGCAUCUCAGCUCCAAAGAGCAGCUCGGCGCGGACAUCGUCUUACUCCGACAACGAACCUUACUCCUCAACCUGGACACCUGUGUCCGCCCCUGGAAUGACCGACCGGUCGACAACUACGCCUCUGAUCACGAGGAUAUCGUGACCAUGGCAGAAGGGAUCAUCUGCCGAACUUCCGUCCGCCCCAGCCUCAGCAUCGACGUCGGCAUCGUUCUACCGUUAUGUCUCGUCGUGCUCAGCUGUCGGGACCCCGUCGUCCGGCGCCGCGCAGUCGACGCCCUGCGUUCCUGGCCCCAUCACGAAGGACCGUGGGACUCCAGCCUCUGCGCGCAAAUCGCCAUGGAGACGACCAAAAUUGAAAUCCACAUCGCGACUCGGAAGAUAGGGAGUAAAAAACCCAUUCCGCGCGGUCCCAGCCCCCUCCCGCGAAACGACUGCGUCAUGAUCUCCCCUGACCGUCGUCUUGGAUACAUACCGUACACGGUUGGUGACGUGCAGGAGUUCUGGUGGUUCAGCCUCGAAGACGAAGAUCUGAACUCGUCAAAUGGCCUGGUCAGUAGUUAUGAUGUGACGAACUGGACGCCGUUCAUGGCUAGUCGGUUCAGUUAUAUCCAACCGAGGGAUACCUCCUAGACAAUAAGCUCAGCCGUUCUCUUGGAACUUGUGAUCACUCGAGCCCCGUGUGCACAUUCAAUCGGCAAACGGCACGGAGUCCCGGUACUUCGUCGAGUUCCACUAUCCCAACGUUUCAAUUUCCUGGAUACACACGUUAUUCCGUUUCCUUGAAUUUACUGUAAAUAUAUGGCGCGUUCCUUGUCGUCUGUUUUUGUCUUAACAAGCCUUCAUUCAUCUCUGAGCGAAUGUCAUUCUUAUUUUCAUUAUCUUUUCAUUCUCAUGUCAUCCUGAUGUUUGGUUUUCAU